AUGGCGAAACAAGAUGAAGAAGUAGACACAUGUAUCGACAAGAAGUAUCGACAAGAUGAAGAAUCGACAAGAUUAAGAAUUAGACACUUAAGAACAACUUCAAGGCUUUUAUUAAUUGAUAACUUAGGUGUUCUUCCAACUUGGGAUCAUCCCUUCUUGGCCCACGUUGGUCAUCAGUUGUUACUAGAUGUUCUAACUAAUGUCUUCCCAGUCCCAGAUGCUGCCAGUUUCCUGGAGAGGUACCCACUGGUCGUGGCGGUUAUCGACGGAUGGGUUCAGCACGUGUGUAGUCAUCCUGACGACGACACCUGGUCCAUCAACCUUAAGAAGGGCAUCGCAUCAGCCUUUCAGAAUUCUCUUCCUUCUAACUCUACCGCAUAUUCCGGUCAUACCAUUACCGAGACGGACGUAGUAGGACGGUGUCCAACGAAGUACGAGGUAGAGAAUGAGGGAGACGGAGUAAUUAUGAGGAAGGAGAAGAAUCACCGGCUGUGCAAGGAACGUUACUACACCCCUGCUGAGACUCAGGUGCCCUGGACCAGAAGUCCUCUACCACUAGAAGUGUCAGAGUCUUCGUGUAUACAAGAGAUUAGGAAUGGCAUCUUUUCCACCAUCACAUGCGAAGAUAUGAACGUUGUUCGGCCUAGUUACGGUGCCUAUAAAUAUGUUGAAGCCAAACAGGAGUCCACACUCAGUUAUCUCUCAAACUCCAAUGAACAGUCACCUGCCGACUUUCAAGUGCUUCAAAGUAACAUGGUCCGCCAGAGCCUCUUGUACAAUUAUGAUCUAACCAAGAAAGACCCUUCCUUGGUAGCACAGCUGGAUCAGAUCAUGAGUCAGAUAUGUGAAAAGACUAAAGAUCUUGUUGAUCGUGAUGUUGCUGCUCUAGUGGCAAGAGCUGUACAGCUCCUACGUAAGGUGCCUGAGGAAGCUGUGGAACAAACUUUAGAGAAAAUUCGCAGCAGCCAUUACUGUCAAGACUACAGGAAGUUGGAAGAGCUUUUCCUGGAUGCUGUAAGCUUCGCCGAGUCUGGUGCCGUAAAGGUUAUGGUGAAGGAACUGGUGAGUGGCCAGUCUCCAAAUAGUCGUGUUGCCCUCUACACUGCUGGUCUCUUCCUCCUUCCUCGUCCAUCCAUCCACGCCGUGAUGGCUCUGAAGCCACUGUUUGAAACCACCCGGCCUCUAACAAUGCCCAUUCUAGCUGCUGCCACCAUGGUAAAUACUUAUUGUCGUCACAAUCGUAAUUGUCACGAACAAGUACCUGUUAGAAGCCUAGUUGAAGCUCUAGGUAAUAAACUACAAAGCGAGUGUUCUGCUUCUGACGAUGACCUGACUGUAAAAGCUGCCCUAACAACGCUCAAGGCUCUGGGUAACAUGGGUGUGAUGACCCAAGAGGUCGCCACAUCUGUCCUUGGGUGUAUGGAAACUGAAGAAGUUGAGAAGAGCAUCCGUGUGGCUGCGGCACAAGCCUUCAGACAGGCAAAAUGUAAUCGCACUACAUCCGAGAAACUUGUGAAUUUUGCUGUUAAUCCUGAGAAACCCACUGAGGUCCGUAUUGCAGCCUACCUUGAGGCUGUUAAAUGUGCUGAAGAAAGAGACUUUGAAGAGAUUGUCUUUCAGAUAUCCAAGGAGGAAAACACACAAGUUCGAGCAUUCAUCCUGAGUCAUCUUCUUAACCUUCAGCAGUCAGAUGCUCCUGACAAAUUACACCUACGAUACCUUUUGACAAAUAUCGUUAUUCCCAGAGAUUUUAACGCAGAUAUCAGAAAAUAUUCUCGCAAUAUAGACCUGUCAUAUUUCUCACCUUCUGCGGGCGUUGGUGCUGGCUUGGAGUCCAACAUUAUUUACGACGCGGGAUCCUUCGUCCCUCGUUCCAUUGAUUUCAACAUCACUGCCGCUUUAGAGGGAAUUUCAAUGAACAUAGGCGAGGUUGGUGCACGCUUUGAGGGUUUAGAACCAGUCAUUGAACAUUUAUUUGGGCCUAAAGGUUACAUCCAGAAAGCUAGUGUAGGACAAAUAUUCAGUGAAAUUGCAAAAAAUGUUGAGAAGAAUGGAAAGAAAUUUGUUGAAUAUAUACAGCAAAAAUUUGGACUAAAACGUUUAGCUGAUAAGUCUGUAUUAUCCAGAAUAUUCCAUAAAAUUUUCAAUGACGGAUCAAGAGUUGUGAAGGCUGACCUUUUUGCUCGUUUUAUGGGACAAGAGAUAGUUUUUACAUCAAUUCAUGAAGACCUAAAGGAUAUCAGUGCUGACAAUUUGAUUGAAUCUCUUUUAUCUUACUUUGAAAACAUCAUUCCGGAAAUGAAUAACUUGAACAUCAAUUCAGCCCGAAGUGCUCAGAUGUCUCUUGAAUACUUCUUACCUACUAUCCAGGGAACUCCACUCAAGGUUAAGAUGGAAGGAACAGCUGUUGCUGGGCUAAAAAUGGAAGGAAAUCUUAACCUAGUUGACAUCUUAUCUAAAUGGAAGAAGGAUGAAAAUAUUAUCAGGGUUUAUCCUAGCUUAUCUGUACACGUAGAUAGCUUUGUUGGCUAUGAUGCCUACCUCGAUAAGACAGGAAUCAAGAUGACUACAAACAUCUCGAGUAGCAAUGGUCUCUCUCUCAGCGUCGUGAGCAAGGACAAUCAAGAGCUAGAAAUUCAGUUGGAUCUUCCUGAAAAGAUGGAAAUUAUUAAUAUGAAGAGCGAGACAUACCUUAUGAAGAGUGUGAGAGGCAGCCCAGAAACCAAGAUCAUUCCAACAUCCAUGAGGGACAUUAGAGUCAGAAGUCACUCAUGUGUGAAUAGUCUUGAAUCCGUGUUAGGUCUUAAGUUCUGUUAUGAGAUGGACAUCCCAGACAUCUUCCGCAGCAGUUCUCUACCGCUUGGGGCUCCGGCUGUUGCUAAGUUGUACAUCGAGAAGACAGAGUCUUCUAUGAUGGGCUAUCACCUAACUACAUCCAUUCAGAAGAAGAAAGGAAGCAAAAUGAUGGUAAUUAAGGUAGACACACCAGGAUCUUCUAUACCAAGAGAGGUCGAAACAUAUUUAUCCCACACCAUAGAGGAAGAUUCCUAUAUUAUGUCCGCCAGAAUAAGAUCAUCUGCACUCACCAGCAGCAUUUGGGUCACCCUUAUCAACAGAGAUGAUCAUAAAGCUGUGACUGUUCAUGCCAGACACCAGUCUAGUAUGACAGAUAUAUCCCGUGGGAUUAAAGUAGAUAUCAAGAUAAAGUCAUCAACGAAUGGGAAGGAAUAUAAUCUUGACAUAUACAGUAGUCGAAGUAGGAAUCUCCAUGAUGAAUCAAAAAUCUUCGAGAGCAAGCUUGUCAAGAAAGCCAAUGGUUCUGAAGUCUCUCUUGACCUUUUAUCCAGGACACAGAAUGCUUUAAGAAAUUACUUGGAUUUCAGUCUAGCAUUUGGCGCAGAUCUGAGGUACCUUCCGCAUUUCCACCUUCCUAUACCAACGAAGCUGCGCAAGAUUGAGUUUCACACUGGCCUGAGAGGCUGGCUGGUCAGCUCUUACAUCCGUCGAACGUCAGAGUCUGAUGACAAUGUUGAACUUUCCUCUGCAUUCAAGAUAGCUUGCAGAAAUGAAGACUUGAUCUCUGUUGAGGCUGCCCACAGUACACAAGGAAGGCUCUGCUCGGAUUUUAUCUCGGAAACAACAGCUAAAGUGAAAAUGGGCCGCGCUGAGUACAAAGCAGCUUCCAGUAUCCACUGUGAAUAUGGCAUGAAGGGAGCAUCUUUACAAGUAAUUCGUUCUGACGAGAAUGUGAAGGUGGUUGACCUUGAAGCUAUCCAAGCUUGCUCUGGCCAGUCUUGUAACACAAAGGUUAUGGUGUUCAUUCCGGAGUUCAUGAGAACCAUCAAGGUCGAGAGCAGAGUGGUUGAACAGGAGCAGGAUCUUUAUAUGAUACAAACUGCCGUCAAGCACGGAGACAAUAUCUUGCUUCAAACUGAAGGAUCAGUUAUGGCAACAUUCUCUUCGCAAAUGACAAGGCUUCAGACUGCUUUGAAGAUUAACAUAUUCUCCAGGACGCACAAGAUUGCCUCUACUUUCAUUUUGUCUGAAAAUCAGGUAUUAAUAGCGUUUAAUGUUAAAAACGAACAGCAUUCAAUAUUUUCUGGAGAAUGGAGUAUGAUGACUGAAGGAAGGCCUGUGAGGACAACCAUCACCUUUAAAUUUAUACUGCCAGUUCUAAUGGAUCUUGAAAUUGACCUCAUUGCCAGCGAUCGCUACGUCAGGGUUAUGGCUAACAGUUUAUUAUUUCCGCGGAGCUCGUCCCCUCGCAGAGUGAAAAGCCUUACCAGUGUUGACCUGGAACACAGGAAGUUCAAUAUAGAUGUCUCCUGGGAUGCAGAUGAUAAUCCAAACAUGAGAGUCGCAGCUACAGGCUACUAUAUGACCAAAUUGGCCGACCCUCAUCACACCUAUAUAGGGACCAUCCAGUGGAUGUCGCAGAUCUACGAAGUGAAGGUUAACUUUACUGCACUAGAUCCUUUUGCCUAUUUCCAUGGGAACGGUGGUCUAGAUGUAGAAAUAACUACUACCUCUCAAAAGGCACUUAUCUUUAAAAUGAAGAACAGCGCUGUAGAGAAAGAAAACUCGUGUAUAUGGGAGACCCUUAUUAGCUACAAGAACCUUAAGAACGAGGACCACAUAUUUUCAAGUGUCAUUGCGUGGGUCAAACUUGACACCCCUUACAACUACAAGGUUAUGUCUGAACUGAGCUACACAUCGCCAGAAGGCCACAUGACGAGUGUCGUAACAGAAGCUAAGCACCAAACUUCAUCCCAGGAACGCCUCGUGUACCUAAAGAGUUCAAUUUUGACACGGAACACAAUUUUGACGCGGAGCGCAACGAAGCCUCUAGAAGUGGAAUUCCUGUCAUAUAGCAGGGAUAACUAUUAUAGCAUCAUCUGGAAGGCGGACAUGAAUACUCCAGCUACCAUGUUCAAGUGGGAUUUGGAAACUUUCCCGGAGGGAGGUGUGAGAUUAUUUGAUUCUGCGUUAGACUUGUCAGCCAUUCGUGACCUCCUUAAAACUGCGCUUAAUAUAUCUGGAAGAUACGAAGGAGGCUAUGACAACUUGGAUGUACUUCCUGACAGAGAGAGAUACCUCUACAGCUAUCAGAACCUUUCACCACGCACCUACUCAGUAGUAUUUGAGUCUCCAACCCGCAUUGUGGAGGGUGAAGCAGAGUACUCUCCAUCUAAGACAGGUUUGACAAUCUAUCCUAAUAAAAGAAAGAGUGAUGCUAAAUACGAGAUUACUGCCAAAUCCUCCCAUAGUCAUUGGGAUCAGCAGUCUAAGUAUGAAGGCCGCAUUAGUCAUCCAAGGCUGAGCAAAGAUUUGCAAAUGGAGGCUCUGUUCUCAGGCAGUGGAGAGAACAUGAGAGGCACCAUUAAGUUGGACAUCUUCCCCGACAAAGCAGACGAAAUUACAGGUACUCUACAGUCGUCCAAGAUCGCCAACAACACCGUCCAAAUUGAGGCAUCAUUCACUACUAGGGUACUGAAGGUAAGCCCGAAGGUCAUCAUAAUAGCGGCUUAUACUUCACAUAUGGUUGGCUUUGAUAUGCAGUUCCGGAAGACUCCCUCUUCGCCCGUAUUAUUCCGAGUGUCGGCUAAAUAUGACCAAAUCCCUACUGGAGAAGGAACAGUAGCUUUCCAUGUGGUGAACAAGGAAGUUACUGUGGUAAACAUUGCUGGUGUAGUAAAGCCAGACGAAGAACCUGAAUGUGACGGCUUCACGGUCAAAGCUGUAGCUCAUAUUUCUCCCAUUGGAAGCUAUGGCAUUGACUCCAAACUCUGCAAACCACUUUUUAUAGCACUGACAAUCAAUAAGCAAGGAAGUGACAAGUUUUAUACUACUGCAAAGUUUGGGUUUGAAACGCCUAAUAAUAUCGAAACUAGUUUGUCUGUCAAGGCCCAAGAUAAUCAAGUACCACGUCCUAUUGCAAUGAUGCGCUUAAGGCUUACUUCUCCAACUCUGCUCACGAUUGAUAUGGCUUUCAUGAAAGAAGAUUUUGGCGCGAUGAAGACUGCUGUGCAGGAAGAGUGUGGUAAAGUUAUAAAGUCUAUUAGCAACUGGGCUGAUGGCGUGUACACCUACCUGAAAGAAGCAGCCCAGGAACAAGACAUUCACUUCCCUGACCCCAAGAUCCUCGAGCUUAUCACCGAAGUCAAGAAUGAAUUGCAAGAUAUAUACCAAAACGUGAUGUAUGAAGGAGUCAUACCACAGUACAAAGCUCUUCGUGAUUUGGUGGCUCCUGUUGUCUCCUACGUCACACGGUAUUUGUACAGCCUAUUAGUCGGCUUGGCAGAUGCACGGGUCAACAUUAUAAAUGCUCUCCUCGAAGAAAUAACUAAUCUGCGGGAACAACUGAAGACGUUUACUGAGCUGUGCGUAGAAGUUUUGGUGAAGGCGGCAAGAUGGGUGGAGAGUGGUGAGGUACCAGAGCCAGUGCGCCGCCUGCUGGAACUCCUGCAAGAAACUAGCAUCUUCACGAUGCUCAAAAAUUACGUCGACACCUUAAUUGAACGAUACACGGAGGAGUUUGAGGCCAUCCAGCAGGUCGUAACGAAGGUCAGACUAAAUCUCUGGCAAGAUCUUGUGAAAUUACGAAAACGGAUCUCUCAGAUGCCUGCUGUGGAGCGAGCCAUUAACUGGGUCAUCAGCCAAAACAUCUCCGAUAACUGGAUGGCCUUUGAAGCGAAGACAUUAAUUAGUCAACUUCUUCAGGAACUUAAUUUCGUCUCAGCAGAAAAAGAAACUAAUCACAUCAGUGCGAAAAUACCGUUGCACACUCCAAUGUACUCCUUAACCCAAGUUCUCAAAUCAUCAGUGCCACAUCCCAUUAUGAUAGCUGAAAACCUGGUAUGGCGUUAUGCAUCUUUCAUUCCCGUUCCAGUAAGAGACUUAAUUUGGGGAUAUUAUUCUCUACCUCAUCGUAUGACAGACUUGUUGCCUCCUUACAACCGCACAGCCAUGGUUGUGAGUGACACAGAGAUUGUCACCUUUGAUGGCGCCGUGCUUCGUGCUCCUCGUUCACCGUGUCAAGUUGUCUUGGUUGUCUAUGGUACCAACAAGAUUACCAUGGCUCAUCCACAAGCCAUAGCCCCAUCACAGAUCACAUUUUCUACCAACUCCACUAUCGUCACUGUUAAACCAGAUUUCCGCAUUGACGUCAACGGUCAAGAGAUGAGCACACAACGACUAGCUGUAAGAGAAAUCAUAAUUGAGAAAACUUCAAGAGAAGUUAAUGUAACGUCGCCCUUUAUCACAGUACGAGUAUUUCGAGAGCGGCGUGUGUUGUCGAUAAAGGUGUUGGGAUGGACUUUCGGACACUUGACGGGUCUCCUUGGUAAUUAUGAUGGUGAAGCUGGCAAUGACUGGCUGAUGCCUUCUGGCAUCAGGGCUUCCAGUCUCCAUGAGCUGGUAUCUUCAUGGCAGGAAGAUCAGCAGUGCCACACCGCACCUAUUUCUCUUGUGAAGUCGGUCAGCGUCACUAUAGAACGGGCUGCGCGAUGUUAUGGAUUGCUGGAAGUUAGGUCGAUCUGCUCCCCAGUGCUUAAUCCGGAACCUUUCGUUAAGAUGUGCUACGGGGCUCUCUACACAUGUGACGCAGCAUAUGCUUACCGAACACUUUGUUCCAGCAUGGGUAUAAACCAUUUGUUUCCUGUUCCCUGUUAAAAUUAUUCUUUAUAUUUAUGAAUGGCAGUAAUCUCUUGGGAGAAGAGAUAUUGUAUUGUUAAUAUGUGUAAAGAUAAAAAUAUUAAUACAAAUUAUUUAAAUUAGUAUAGAGUUUGACGUAAUAAAGUUUUGAUCAUUUCGUUAUUAAACGUAGGCAUAAUAACAAAAAGUUUUUGAACCAUGUUGUACCUUUAAAAUAUUUGUAUUUGUUAAAAUGACAUCAGAAUCAAAUAAUACUGAAAUUACCGAACUCUGGCUAUAAGCUGGACAGGUUCAAAUGUUCGUUCAUCUGAUGUAUUAAGUAUUUUAAAAUUACUUUCACGUGAAUAAAAAUGUCUGCUGGACACAAUAACUUUAAAAAGUGCCAAGUAUACACUACUAUACAUGUCACACUAUAUCUCUUACCACCUCAGACGUCAACAUUAGCGCCAGCUAGUACAAACGAGCUUCAGUUUAUGUUUCAAGUUUACACCAAGCUAACAAACAAACCACUCACUUCGCGAUCUACCGCAUAAUCAUAAUGCAGUACUGCAUAUA